CCUGCUCGAUGGGCCGUAAGACUGUGUGUUGCAGAGGAGCAGUUGGACAGAAUUUACAUGGAAUUACUCGUCGUAAUAGAGAACAUAUAAACAUAAAGGUUCCAAUGUGAUAGCUCACUCUCUACAUAAGGCGCUGUUCAUGACGCACCUGUGAAAAUGCCAAGCUCAAGAUCUCGAGAUUCCGCGAAAAACAGGGACAGGAAGCGCACUAGUGUGUUUGAUCGACUUGGAAUAAGCAAAAAGUCCCCAAAACAUGGUGCAGAGAGACAAAGUUCUUCCGCAACAGCACCAGACCGGCAAGAAAAGUGUCGCAUUUUCCUUCGAAGUGGAAAUUGUCCAUAUGGUGCCAAAUGCAAGUUUCUUCAUGAAGCACCUCCAUCUAAAUCACUAAGGGAUAAAGAAAGGUUGAGUGGAAAAGAGGAAAUAUCACCUGGAAAGCAUGGCCGUCACGUGGGAGAGAGUGGUGAGUCUCGUAAACGCCGUAAGAGCUCGAAGGUUCAAUCUCGGGUGAUUGUUUCUGGCCAAGAACUGGAUAGUGUGAGCAGCAGCGAUGAUUCUGGAAAUUACGAUGAUUGGAAAGCAAAAAAGGAGAAGGAGAAGAUGAUGGAUUAUCAGGAGGUGUUGCUGCUGGAGAAACAGAGGCAGAAGCUGCAGAGAGAGCUGGAGUUGGAACUGCAACGAGAACAGGAGACUGAGGCCAGGCAAAAUAUCGUCAUAGCCAAACGCCAGGUUUCAGAGUCAUCGGGUGAUAGCGAUUCUUCAUCGGGGUCAUCGUCGUCGUCGUCAUCGUCGUCAUCAUCUGGUAGCAGCAGCAGCGGCAGCAGCAGUAGCACCGAUAGCGAAAGUGAGAGUCCCUCGCCGGUGAAGCACAAGAAGCAUGUUGCCAAGCGACAGCUCACUCGAGAUGAGUACAAGAAGAAAGUUGAACACAAGUCGUGUAAGACGUCCGCAUCACCGGCUGGUAGCAAACACAAGCAGCGUGUGCAAGAGAUUCCUGCUAUGGCCCACAAGAAGAAAAAAGUGCAGAGAUAUGAAGCAAAGCUACUCUCAUUGAAGGAGAAAAAGGCAUUAAAGCGAGAUGCAUCUUCUUCCUCUGAACCAGAAGUACCAAAAAGGAAAAACAAGUUGCAAAUGCAUAAACAGAAAUAUGAAGAUGCCUCACCCGAACCCAUGAGAAUAGACAAGCAUCAUGUGAAGAAGCAUUCCCAACCCCCACUAGACACCAGGAAGGCUAAGAAGGGAAAAGACAGAACAAAACUAAUUGCAGAGAGAAAAUCCAUAACACCCGCAAGAAUUGGCAAUGUAAAGGGAAAACAUGCCAAAAGAGAAGGCAUUGUGAAGGAGAGGACGCACACCCCCAGCCAGGAAGGAGACGGGAAGAAAAGAAAAGGUGGCUUCGAGAGAAAGAAGAAAAAGCAAAGAGUAAGCCCGUCCCCGGAGCCUGUGAAACGCAAACGAGAGUAUGCUGAACCAAAAGCACUUACACCCGCUAAAAAAGGAAUGGAGAAGCAAAGGGUAAGAUCUCGUAGCAUAUCCGUUGGCUCUCCUGGUUCUAAAAGCAGACAUUCGUACGAGCGUGCGAGUGUAGAAAAACCCAGUAAGCAGUCUCUCUCGCCCGAGAGCAAGAAAUUUACUAUGGCGAGGAAACGGCACGGCUCUCCUAAAACCGAGCACAAGUCUCGUAUCGACGCGCACAGAGACAACAAGGUGAGGAAACUCGACUUGGUUGACGAAAGCGGCACGAGCGACCACCACGCCGCUCACAAUAAAUCCUGGCACAAGAGUCCCGGCAAUCACAAGGACGAUCCGAGCCGCCUGCACAGAAAGUCGCAGGAGAGCGGACGCCGGGGGCUGUCGCAGGAUUCCGAGAAAGAACGCGAGAAGGUCGCGUGUCGACGCGACGCACCCGACGGCGGCGGCCGAUACGAAGCCGACCACCGGCAGCGAACUCCCGGCGGAAACUACGCGGACGACGCGAGGCAGUUUGCCGAAAUACGCGCCGCCGCCGGCGACUACCAGGAGUCGGGCCGGCACGCCGCCGUCUACCAGGCGCAGGAGAAGCAGCAGCGCUACAAGGACCCGAAAGAGUACGAUUACGGCGCGCGCGAGUCAACGACGCGCGAGCGGCGCGACUUCCCGCUGCUGCCGGACGACCGGCGACCGGACUACCAGCGGCUCGACGCGCUCCCCGAUCCGCGGCCGCCGUACCUGUACGAUCGCUACGGACGACCGAUAGCCGUCGGACGCGCCGCGCUGGAAGACCGGCGGGCGCCGCUCGAAGACAGACGAGUCGCGAUCGACGACAGGCGGCUGCCGAUCGAUGACAGGACGCAAAGCCUGCUGGACGACAGGCGCGGUCUGCGGGCGCUGGACGACCGGCCGGCGCCGUUAGACGACCGCCGCGGUCUCCUAGACGACAGACGCAGCCUCCUGGGUGACAGACGCGAUCCGCUCGAGGAGAGGCGGAGUCUGUUGGAUGACAGACACUUGCCCGACAGGCGGACGCCGCAGUUGGACACGAGGCGGACGGCGUACGAUCGCGCGUUCUUGGAUGACAGACGGGCUUACAUCCCCGAUGACAGGCGUGCGUUUGUCGAUGACAGACCACGAUUGCCGCUAGAUGAUAGGCCCCCCCUCCUACCUACUGACACUAGGAGGGGCUUAGUAGACGAGCGAGCCGCAUUAGCACUUGAGGAGAGGAGAGGUGUCCAGCCAAGGCAACCGUACAGGGAUUUGUAUGACGAAGAACUUUUCAGAGGUCUUCACGGAAGCAGGAGUCCUUUUGGUCUAGAACGAGAUCCUUACAGAAGCUUACUAGCCGCCAGAGGAACGGAGGUACUAGACCCUAGAGAGAGGUUCGCUGCAGACAGAUUUCCAGAACUACCUCUGGAAGACAGGACAAGUCCAUGGUUUGAGGCUCGCGGUCCAGCUCUCAAUCGGUAUGGCGACCCGAUCAGCAUCUCCGGCACGUUGGCGGCGAGAGACAGAGACGUCGAGCGUUAUCGUGAGCCGAUACCCGAACCAGUGGUCGAACGCGACGCACGAACGCACGAUCCCGUCAGGGAGCGCGAAGCUGCCAGAGAGCGUGAAGCUGCCAGGGAGCGCGACGUUGCAAGAGAUCGUGAAGCUGCCAGGGACCGUGACACGGCAAGAGAACGUGACGUGGCGAGAGAGCGUGACGCGGCGAGAGAGCGUGACGCGGCGAGAGAGCGUGACGCGGCCAGGGAGCGUGACGCAGCGAGAGAACGUGAUGCUACCAGGGAGCGUGAUGUGGCGAGGGAUCGUGAUGCUACCAGAGACCGUGAUGCAGGCAGGGAGCGUGAGCCAGAUCGGGAAAGGGGUCGGGACUCCGACAGCAGACAAAGGGAGCGAGGCGAAAGGGAGUCGAGACCGGAACAACGGGAUGACGAUCCGCGGAAGGAUCGAGGGGAAAAGAAAGAUGAUGCCUCAAAAGAUGCGGAAGAAAGCAGAGAGAGCAGAAAGCGGGCAAGAGAUGAAAAGGAUGUGACGCCACCACCGUCGAAGAAGCAAAAAACAGAGUUUGAGUGGAUGCAGAAGAAGGAUUGGGAGAUGACAUGGAAGGAGCCCGAAGCAGAGAAAGAAGGAACUGAAAGCAAGACUCCACAAGUUCAAGAGACAGUGUCAGUGGAAGUAGAAGGCAGUCAGGAAGAAGGCAAAGAGAAAGAUGUUGCAUCUGAUGUACCACCUGAACAAGCAGGAGGAGAGGGUUUUAGCGACGUUAGCGAUGACUUUGAUGAUCUCAUCAACAAAAUGUCAGAUAUGGAAGAAACUUCUCCUAAAGAAAGGGUGAAUGAGGGUGAGGGGGAGGCUCCAUUUUCCCCCACUAGAGCAGAGGUUAUAGACGAAGUUAACGGAGGAGGGCCCACACAGGACGCAGAGUUAAAGUCAGAUGCUGCUGAUCACGACAAGGCUGAACAGUCCGCGGGUAUAGACUCUGAUCUGGAGGAAAUCUCCGAGGAUGAAUUGGAGAACAUCAUUAAGGAGGAUGAAACUGGCAAAGAGGAAGAUGAGGCUAGCAAAGAAGUGCAGGAGAAAGCGACUGACGUCUUGGAUGUUGACUGGGACAGCUUAGUACAUGGACCACAGCUAGAGGUGAAAGUACCAACGUCUGCACGAAAGCGCUUCUCCCUCUUUAAUAUCUUCUCUCGCAUCGGUGUGUCGAAGGCAUUGGCUGGGCCUGACCUGGUGAACAAGCUGAAGGAGAUAUGCCAGGCCGAACUGCGAGAAUCCGGACAACCAGAGACAGAGCUGAAGCUGCUUAACGACGUGGCUGCCUUCCAUGCCCGUGCGCAGCAAAAGAACACUCAGCGAGCGACGGCCAUCAGUGAUAUUGGACCCAGCAGGAGGGCGCUGUGUGCUCGUGCUGAUAUUGAGAUCAGGCGAAAGCUGUGCAAACUCACUGAAAAGGUUCACGACCAUCCAUAUGUGGGCCACCCAGUGGAUACAGAACUGUACUUGCAGAGCGUAAAAUUGUUCAGGAAAGCAGAUAGUUAUGCUAUAGGCUCAGCUAGUAUCUUACAAGUAUGAUUUAUGUGAUACAUCCCAUCGUCAGUUGUCAAUUGAAUGAUGAUGAAUGCUAUACAUAGCAAUGGUUACACGAUUCAUAAAAGUAAAACGAUUCCACGUUAAUACAUGUAAUAUUGGCAAAUAUUAUACUGGUGGGAAAUAUUUUUAAAAAAGAAACAUAAAAUGUGAAAUUCCUGUUUUUAUGGCCAGUAUAUUUUAAUGGUAAGGCAUGGUUACAUUGGUAGACAUACAAUUACGUGCAACGGAGCAGGUCUCAGUAGAGAAUGGAAUUUCCAAAUGUAAUCUCGCCAUCAGACACUGACACUAUCGUUGAAUAUUGUGGGAAGAAACGUUUCCACUCGUUGUUUUAUGUAAUCACUGAUAGCCCAGUAUAGAUAUGUCAUGAAGUAUUGAAAUGCUAUUUGUCAAACAUCUGUAACUGGCAAUUUGUAAUUGAAUUGUAAAACUAAAAGAUUUUAGUUCAUCGGUAAUGGAUCUUAUUAGAAUGAGAUCAUUUUGUUGUCUGCUUCACAGUUUGGGUGACUGAUAUAAGGUUGCUGUAACGUGUUGUCCUCAAUUUCAGUUCGUGCGUGCUUUAUCCACUGUUAUUCGAUCAUUUCAUUUUCUUGUAGACAUUCAUUAUUACCCAGCUGUCUUAUCUUUCUUAUCUGUCCCAUCCUUCUUUAUUGCGACCAGCAACAUUUCAUGUUCCUUAGCUGCUAUUAUACUGUUUCCACUUUCCGAGCCCUUUACUAUAUGUCCUAUAGUCGAUGGUCCUAUAGUCGGUCAGCUUGGCCUAUUAUCAUUUGGUCAGUAUGCUCUUUCAUAAAUAUUUUAUUUCACUGCUGUAAUUAAACUGUGAGGCGGUAUGCGCAUUCGUAUUACGUCAUAUUGAUUUUAUAACUCGUCUGAUAUUGUUCAGCUUGCGUAUAUGAUUUCCGCGCUCGUGCAGUAAUGAUCUCUAAUCACAUCGAGCUUGUAAAAUGGCACUCGUGUCCGUUCGUACGCAUGGACGCGCACGCACGCUCGCACACGCGUGCAGACACACACACACACACACGCACGCACGCACGCACGCACGCACACACACACACACACACAAACCCAUGCGCACAAUUCAUUACCACCUUCCUAUGACUAUCUCUGUCGCUGUCUCACUCUUCCGUAUGGUUAGCCAUCGUAUCAUAUUUCGUUAUAAUUAUAAGUAAAUUUUCUCUGGAUAUGAAAUAAAAAAUGAAGAUGCAUGGUUGACGUGAAAAGUAGCAGGUGCGAAUCUCAAUUGAAUGAAUGACGUCUUUCGCGAAAUCUCAUCUUCCAGGUAUCAUCACCAUAUAUCACUCCCAUAGCUAAAUGUUGUUCACUUUAAUCAUGGUCUGAGUUGCAUGAGAUUACUUAUCUGAUUGCCUAUAAUUAUUGGUGCUGCGAAUAGUGCACGCUAGAGCCAAAGUUCAUCUGUCCGCUAUCCUCACAUGGAAAAGACAUCUAUCGCGAGUAAUUUCAGUAUAUCAAACGUGUAAUACAGAUUAUAUUAUAUUUAUGAAAAUCAGAA